UGGGGGCUCCCGGGACAGCUCUGUGGGGCGGGGAGCCAGGAGCCCCCUCCACGCGCUGGUGGGAGAGGAAUGGGCCUCUAACGAAAUUACCUUCGUUAAUCUGAUGUCUAAGAGGCUUGAGAGCCGUGUCACCUCUGUUGUUUACAUUCCUAGGAAGUUUUGAAGUUACUUAAAGUGUGAGGCAAAACUUGGAGUGGCUAAGGACACAAUGGCGGACCAUACGGUGGAUGAAGAGGUGCUAGAAGUUCUCCGACUCAACGUCGGGGGCUGUGUUUUCACAGCCCGGCGUGAGUCUCUGUGCCGCUUUAAGGACUCUAUGCUGGCGUCUAUGUUCAGUGGUCGUUUUCCUCUAAAAACAGAUGAAUCAGGGGCUUGUGUUAUUGAUCGCGAUGGACACCUGUUUAAAUACCUUUUGGAUUAUCUUCACGGAGAAGUUCACAUUCCCACAGAUGAACAGACUCGAGUUGCCCUACAGGAGGAAGCUGAUUACUUUGGCAUACCUUAUCCAUACAGCUUGUCUGACCACUUGGCCAAUGAAAUGGAGGCAUAUUCUUUAAGGUCAAAUAUAGAACUUAAAAAGGCCUUAACAGACUUCUGUGAUUCAUAUGGCCUAGUUUGCAAUAAGCCAACAGUUUGGGUUCUCCACUAUCUUAACACAUCUGGUGCGAGCUGUGAGAGUAGAAUUAUUGGUGUAUAUGCCACCAAAACAGAUGGGACAGAUGCUAUUGAUAAGCAGCUGGGAGGAAGGAUUUACAGUAAAAGCAUUUUUAAAAGAGAGGCGGGAAAUAAUGUUCAGUACAUUUGGAGCUAUUAUUCAGUAGCAGAGUUGAAGAAAAUGAUGGAUGCCUUUGAUGCCUGGGAAGGAAAAGGUGUUAGCUAUUGGAGGGUCCCUCAUGAGCUGAUAGAAUGUUGGACUUUGGAAGAACAGCCUUUACUUGGAAGCCUGCGUCACAUGGCCCCAAUUCGAAAGAGGCGAUUGAUAACCCUUAAUGAAGAGGAAGAAGGUGUGAACUGUAAGGCUGGUCCUAAGCCAGUCAGGUUUUUGGGCCCUUCCACAAGCACCCAAAUUAAAGUAAAGAACUCUGCAUCAGUCAGGGUGGCUCCAGCCAAUACUGUCCAGACCUCUCACAACAGCAGCCGUAGAAAGGCAGCUCAGUGCUCCAUGCCCAAUGUGGGUAUGAGGGCAUCUGGGCAUUUUCCAGCUUGUGAUGGUGCCAGGAGUGCUGAGAAUGGAGCCACACACCCCUCGCCAGCAAAGGUGCUACUCUCUGACAAGAAGUCUACAUCCCACCGAGUGAUAAAGCUGAAGAGGACUCCACUGUGUGCUGUGAUUCCUUCUGUGCCCACGCCCACAGCGGGGAUGCAGGCUGGCUCCCCAGAGCUGCCUUCUCUGGAAGCCCCUAACACAUUAAGUGGACAGACUGAAAAUGGGAAAGAGCAGGCUGAUGGAUAAAAAUGAUGGAAUUGAAAUUUCCCAUUUUCUCAGAGCUUCCAACACUUUUGAUACUAAUAAGUGACACUAUUCCUUUAUGCAGUAGGAGGAAAAACAUGUUUCUGCUUAGGAUUGUUGCUAGAAAAGUGACUUAUGUGAUGUAGGAAUGGAAUGACUUGUGUGACUUUGUUGUUGGAGUUAUUCUCCUUUUCCUAACUUUUAAAGGGUUGUUUGUCUAUGGUCAGUGUGAUUUUUAGUUUUUAAGAUUUCUUUAACUUAUUUGGCAUAGAGACAAUGAAGCAGGAUAGCACAGUAAUUACUAGAGAAGUCCUCUUUCUUGCUUUACCAUUAUAGACACCAUGAAUUUUUGUAAUGCCACUUCUUGCAGCCCAAGAAGGGGUCUGAGGAGUGGGGGAAGACAUUUCCAUCUGUGAGAUGGAGAAGGUGGUGUCAAUGCCAGCCUUCACUGUGUCACAGCCGGGAGAAGUUCCAGAGAAAGUGUGGAUCAGGUGAGGGACCCAUGAUUGCUCCUGGUCUCAAAAGACAAUAUGGAAAGAAAUGAUAAGAAGGGAAAAAAGACAUUAGAGAUCGCACUUUGAGUCUUGCUUAUUUUCUUUCCUGAAUUGGCUUUUUUAAAAAACUCUAUUCUGUUAGCUGAUCUAUUUAUAUACACCACAAGAAAACAUGGUUAUAACAUGGUUUUGUAAUGAAUUGUUAAAAUAUCACAUUUAAUUAGAAGAGUGAAGUUUUUAAAAUAAUUUGAAAAAGAGAGUGUGAAUGUUUAACUUUUUAGCUUGAAGUUAGUAUUUGUUCUUCAGACGUGACCCUGAAGUCAUUCUGAUUAUAAUAUGAUUUUGUGCAUAAGAUUUCUGUAUAACAAUAUUUUUAAACAAAAAAUUUGAUUAAUCCUCUAUUUUUUCAUGGCUAUUCAGUUUGUAUGUUUACUCUUACAAGUUAUGUUUUAUAAUUGGAUCACAUAUUUCUACUUUCAGUGAGCACUAUGCCUGCAUAAAGCAUAAAGUUUAGAAAGCAGGGUAGUAAAACUACCUCCAGGGCUUAUUAUUGUACUUUCAUUGCCUUGAAAUAGUAAAGUAAGUAUCUACUCAAAAUACUACUUUUCAAAUAAAAGCUUUUCCAUAAAAAGUGA